AUGGCGUCAGAGUCUGAGGGAUGUGCAAUCAGCUGCGGGGCCCCAGCUAUAAAGCUGUGGUACUCCCUGGUGACCCGUUCCGCCGCCGGUGGACUUCCAUGGACGCCGGACCCGGAAGUGCCCGACAACGGCAAACGGAGCCAUCCGCCCCACUGGAAUGGCGAACGAAUCAUCCGAACAGCCAUCUCCAACAUGGACCGUGAGUCCAGUGUUCAGUAUGCGGUGGUGGUCCAGGCCAAAGACAUGGCGGGCUCGGUUGGAGGACUGUCUGGAUCUACUACAGUCAAUGUCAACCUCACGGACGUCAAUGAUAACCCUCCAAAGUUCCUGCAGAGAAGCUACCAGCUCUAUGCUCCAGAGCUGGCUCCGGUAGGGAAGGCAGUGGGUCGGAUCAGAGCCAGCGAUCAAGAUGAGGGGCAGAACGCUGAGAUGACCUACAGAAUAACUAAUGCCGACGCAGCGGCCAUCUUCACCAUCACCACUGACGCUGAGCGCAGGGAGGGCUUCGUUUCCCUGAAGAAGAUGGAGACUGGGCAGGAAAAUCAAGGUUGCGUCAGGGAUUGCCUUGCAUGCGGGUCGGGCUACAUUAUGAGCUUUCACCCAUCACCUGGUGAUUCCCCCAUCAUCUCUCCCCUCCGGACGGAGGGGACAGAUAUGGGGCCCGGUGUAGGUCCGACGUAUGAUCCAGUGAUCCCUAUCUCCGCCACCACGGCUCUGCCAUCGAUUGGCGGGAUUCUCCUGGAACUCCCGGAGAUUAUCUAUAAGGCGGCCGCCUGGAGAAAUCUCUCGUCAGGGAGGUGUACGAUCAGCGCAGCUGCUGAACACAGCCUGGCGACUGUUGUGCUGGGCGUGCACACACGUACUCUCUGUCAGAGCGGUGUAUAUUCCCGGCGAGUUGAACAGAGGGGCAGACCUCAUGUGGAGGUCCUCGACAAGGGGACUGGAGCCUCCACCCCGAGCUGGUUUCCCAGGUGUGGAGCAGGUUUGGGAGUGCGGAGGUGGAUCUGUUCGCUACACGCGGAACGCGGAAUGUGCUCUCUGGUUCUCCCUGAGAACUAUUUUAAUCUUGAGGGCUGUACGUUCUAUAAGUCUCAAUCAUGUUAA